CCCCGGGCACCCGGAACUGACGCGAGCGGACAAAGGCAGCGCGCGCCGCGAGGUGUCUUGUCUGGUUCUGGUCUGACCUAGGUGGCUGUGAGCUUCUGGGCUCUUCUCUGCCGCCGCCCUCUCUUUCUCUAGCCCUGUCCUCUUCUUCCGGGUCCCGGGAGUCCCUGCCCGGGAGCACGCUGCCAUUCUCCUAUGUCCAGCUGCAGACACAGGGACCCAAGGAGAACAGGCCCAGGCCAGCAGGCUGCAAGGAGGAGGAGUUCAUACGGCUGCCAACACUGUCUUCCAGAAACACACAUCUUCUCGUGUCGCUCCCUGCUUAGCCCCGAGUUGUCCCACUGCUCGCCCAUCGCUCUUUAGGGAAGGGCCACUGCUGAGUCCGUGUCUGGGCGGAGACACGUCGGCAGCAGCAUGACGAGCGAGGUGAUAGAAGACGAGAAACAAUUCUAUUCGAAGGCCAAGAUGUACUGGAAAGAGGUCCCGCCGACGGUGGACGGCAUGCUCGGGGGGUAUGGCCACAUCUCCAGCAUCGACAUCGGCAGCUCCCGGAAGUUCCUGCAGAGGUUUCUGAGGGAAGGCCCGAACAAGACGGGGACCUCCUGUGCCCUGGACUGUGGUGCUGGCAUUGGAAGGAUCACGAAGCGGCUGCUCCUGCCCCUCUUCCGAGUGGUGGACAUGGUGGAUGUGACGGAGGACUUUCUGGUUAAAGCAAAAACCUACCUGGGUGAGGAGGGCAAGAGGGUGAGGAACUACUUCUGUUGCGGUCUCCAGGACUUCAGCCCUGAGCCCGACUCCUACGAUGUCAUCUGGAUCCAGUGGGUGAUAGGCCACCUGACCGAUCAGCACCUCGCCGAGUUCCUGCGGCGCUGCAAGCGGGGCCUGCGCCCCAACGGCAUCAUCGUCAUCAAGGACAACAUGGCCCAGGAAGGCGUGAUCCUGGACGACGUGGACAGCAGUGUGUGCCGGGACCUGGAGGUGGUGCAUGGGAUCGUGCGCAGCGCAGGCCUCAGCCUCCUGGCCCAGGAGCGGCAGGAGAACCUGCCCGAUGAGAUCUACCACGUGUACAGCCUGGCCCUGAGAUGACAGCCGCAGGAGGAAGCGGGACCCGUGCAGGGCGGGGAGCUGGUGGCCGCAUGCUACCUGGAGGCUCCAUCCACGUCGAUGGUUCGCAAGUGUUGAGUGAGGCACUGGAUAUGCCUGCCUGCCAUCCACUCACCUUCCACAUAGGCUCUUUUAAAAAAUAAUAGGACCCACUGGGGAGUACGGCUGAACAGGCAGCGGGGCAGGAACCUGGCCCUGCUGCCGCAGCUGGGGACUGGGCAGAACCCUGGAUCCCACCGCUGCCAUCGCCAGUCCUUCCAGGCACUAGCUGGCUGCCUUCAGAAGGCAGAACCCUCUUAACUUGGUAGAGGACACUACCUUGGGGGGAGGGGCGGCUGCUGGAGCGGCUGCACUGUGGUACCUGCAGCUGGUGACCGGGCCUAGUGGUGGUCACAGCAGCCUACAGGCAAGGAGAGAGGUCUGUAACCUCAUUUUGGCUACGCCUUGUGGCUCCUGCUUGGCUAGCAUUUCAUUUCAAAAUAAAAAAGGGUAACACUGUU